AGUCGCCCAGCCGUCGCGUCUUCAACCCCUACACCGAGUUCAAGGAGUUCUCCAGGAAGCAGAUCAAGGACAUGGAGAAGAUGUUCAAGCAGUAUGAUGCCGGGCGGGAUGGCUUCAUCGACCUAAUGGAGUUAAAGUUGAUGAUGGAGAAACUUGGGGCUCCCCAGACUCACCUGGGCCUGAAAAACAUGAUCAAGGAGGUGGACGAGGACUUCGAUAGCAAGCUCAGCUUCCGGGAGUUCCUCCUGAUCUUUCGCAAGGCAGCAGCAGGGGAGCUGCAGGAGGACAGCGGGCUCCACGUGCUGGCCCGCCUCUCUGAGAUCGAUGUCUCCACCGAGGGCGUCAAGGGCGCCAAGAGCUUCUUCGAGGCCAAGGUCCAGGCCAUCAACGUGUCCAGCCGCUUCGAAGAGGAGAUUAAGGCAGAGCAAGAGGAAAGGAAGAAGCAGGCGGAGGAGCUGAAGCAGCGGAAAGCAGCCUUCAAGGAGCUGCAGUCCACCUUUAAGUAGCGAGCGGCUGUGGUCGGCCGCCCAGCCCUGGCCCCGGCGCCUGGUCUGGCAGGCGGUGAGGGUGGGUGAGGGCCAGCACCUGGGAGACCGAGCCUGACUCUGCAUCUGGCUGAUGGGACCACUACUAAAAACCUAGAAAUGUCUGUGAAUGAGCCAACUGAGAGGUCCCGCGGAGGAGGCCCGGCCACCUCUCGCUCCCUCCUGCUGUUCUGCGGUGUGACCCAGCACAGGCGCCCUGCCUGCAAUCCCUGCGCCUCUCGCACCCCUGGCCGCCCCGCUGCCUGCUCCAGCUCUGCUGCAGCCCAGCUCCUGGCUCUCGGGCCCUCCCCCACGUACCUGCCCUCCAUGCACAGCCCUCUCCUCCCUGCCCACAGGCCACUGCCCCUAGCCAGCACACCACACUCACCCUCAAGCCCUCUCACAGCCCUUCCUAGACCAGGGAGCAUCAAGACAGGACGGGAAGAAGCAUGGCUGCUUGCAUAGAGCGGGCCACAAGGACUCUCCCCCCAGGACCUUUUCCUCCAGCUCUGCCCCUUCUAUCUGCUGGAAUCGAUGGGGCUUUUAUUUUGGUGAAGGGACCCAGGCUUCUGGUACCCUGUGCUGUCAUGGAGACCAGGCCCAGGCAGGGUGAGGGACAGCUGGGCUGAUCUACCUCACAGGCACACUCUCUGCCGGGGGUGGGGCAGGGGGAGAAACACCCACUAGCACCCCCCAGAACAACCUGAGGGCCCCCAGGUGCUCUGGAGAGAGUAAGGCGGAGAGGAUUGGCACCUUCUUAGGGAAGAAAACAGAGCUUGGUCUCGCUUCUCCAGGACGUGUCCAAGAAGUGCUUUACCGUGUUUGCAUGCACCGGGCGGGCGGCGGGGCGCUGGGGCGCUGGGCCCUCACUCUACCUUUCACACCAUCCUUCCCCAAGUGACGUUCACCGCCUCGUCACCAGCGACGGGACCUGCCCGUCAUGCCCACCCUGAGGAAGCACCCCCGUGCUCAUCACCCAAUGGGCCGUGGUCCAGCCCGCGCCACGGCCCAGCUCUGCCACAGCUCCAUGUGCUUGCUCACGUGUGCGUGUGUCCGUUGCUGUGCUGUAAACUGUGACGUCAUCCCGUCCAAACCAGUGAACGGCCGUCCAGGCCAGUUAUGCAACCUUCAGUGUGUGUCCACAGCGUCUCUGCUUUUUAAACUCGGUAACUCUUUAUUUUAGUAAAAUGCCCCAAGAGGCCACGAAGCUCCAUUGGACUUGCAGAGGUUUUAUUUUUUUGGCCUUAGAAUCUGCCGAAAUUCGAGGCACUGAGCCCAUGCAGCAGCCAGGGCCCUGGAUUGCGUUUGCCUUAGCGGAUAUGUUUAUACAGAUGGAUAUAAAAUGUUCUUUUUCUUUGGGCUUUUGGCGUUUUAUUUUUUUCCUUCUCACCAAAAAAGAAAGAAAGAAAGCUACUUCA